AUGUGAGAAGAGGCAGAAUAAAAAAGUCAUCAAAUAGAGAAAACAACUUAGUUGCAGAAAAAUUUAACACCACUAAUAAAAUAAAAAUAUUUAUUGGCGUCGAAAACUUCAAAAAACCUUGCAAAAAUUGCAAUCGUUUAGCCAGUGAUUAAUUUGCUUAUAUCUAGUAAAAAUUCUCAGUUUUCUAAAAUAUAAUGGCUCAGAACAUCAGUCCAGAGCAUAGUGGAGUAGACUCUGCGAAACAAGGUGCCAACUCCUGUGCAGCAAAGCAUGGGCAUGCAGUUAGUAAACGUCUCCAAAAAGAAUUGAUGAACUUAAUGAUGGCAACAGAGAAAGGUAUAUCAGCAUUCCCCGAUGGUGAAAAUAUAUUUAAAUGGAUUGGUACGAUUGCUGGUCCAGCCAAUACAGUAUAUGUGGGUCAAAAGUAUCGUCUCUCGUUGGAGUUUCCAAAUUCAUAUCCAUACGCACCACCAGCCGUAAAAUUUUUGACACCCUGUUUCCAUCCAAACGUAGAUCUAGCUGGCUGUAUAUGUUUGGAUAUAUUGAAAGAUAAAUGGUCGGCCCUAUAUGAUGUACGCACAAUCCUGCUGUCUAUACAAUCGCUAUUGGGUGAACCCAAUAAUGAUAGUCCGCUAAACGCUCAGGCGGCAAUGAUGUGGGCGGAUCAAGCCGAGUACAAAAAAUACCUGGAUGCCUUUUACGAAAAACACAAGGACACAUAAAUUCUUAAAUCCUGAAAUAAUAAAAGGCAGUGCGAUAGACGCUUUAAUACUGAAAAAACACGUUACAUUGUUCAUAAUUGUCGGGUCGUGGUGUUGUUCUCGUCAGAAUGGUCAAAGUCAACGAAAAAGUGUCUUCGCUGUGCUGAUUCAUACAACACAUUUAAGCAUUAUUAGUACACCGUCAAACUCUGCAUUAUUAUGAAAUUCAUCUAUAAUCGAUUUUAUUUUGUAGUUUAAAAAGUUUCUACGAUCUGUUGUCAGUUCACUGCCGACGCUGCCACCGUAAGCCUGUGAGCAACCACACAACACAAAACAUGUUAAGUCGUUUAUUAAGAGAUACAUAUGCGCUAUUUAUAAGAACAUUUUAAGUAGGAGUAAUUAAAUUUUUUAACAAUGCUUUCAUGUAAUUAUUUUGCUAUUAUUUAGUAUUUAAAAGUUUGUUCAUACCUUUAAAUGACUCAAUUAACACAACUAUUCUUAUUUAGACUUAUUCAUAUUUCUGUAAAACACUUGUGAGGCGGUUUUAUAGCGAAAGAGUCAAAUAGUUUAAAACCAACAUGUCUAUUUGUUAAUUAUUCGUUUAGAUUCAUAUUUUUAUUUUAUUUUGUGGAUUUUACAUUUUAGAUGCGACGUUCAACAAACUUGUAGAACACGCUAAUCAAGCACACCUAGCGUCUAAGUGGAAUACACAGUUAAAUAAUUCAUGAUGCCCAUUAUAAAUUAAAUUGCUAAAUAAAUAAAUAAUUGUCAACAUAAAAUUAAUUGAAAUAAAAUGAAAUGUAUUGAUUAAAUAAUAAAUAAUUGUAACGGUGAUGACCAAAUUGGAAAUGAAGACAUUAAAAUAGAAUUGUAUUUCUUCACGACAGCUGAA